AUUACUGCGGUUACGUAGCUAUAACAUUCUUUCUUCUUGUGCCUUUACUGAUGACAAUUUACACAAGUUUAACUACAUCAAAGAUUGACUAUCAGUUUCCGCUAGACACCUAUUUCUUCAGCUUCUUACAAUCUCAUUGGGCAUAUGCGGCCGCUUAUUUUUAUAUUUCUAUUGUGGGUGCCACAGUUCAUAUUUGUGCUUAUAUUGCCAUUGAUUUUAUUCUUACAUCAAUAACAUUUGAUGUAAGUGGCCUGUUAGCUGCAUUACAAGUAGAUUUAAAUGAUAUGAAGGUAGAUAACGAGGAACAGGACAAAGAUUACAGUCUGGUAAAGGAAAUUGUUAAAGACCAUCAAAAAUUGCUAAGGGUUGUCGAUAACGUCAAUCUCAUAUUUGGACCUUUGCUGUUCGUACAAGUGACGUUUUCAUCUAUAAUUAUCUGCUGUUUUGGGUUUCUUACUAUAGUUGGAAAAGAUUUAAUCAAGAGCCUGCUAGCAACAUUUGGAGUAAUACUUGCCAUGUUCAACUUCUGUUGGUCUGGACAACUUCUAUCAGAUGCUAGCUCUGGUAUAGCUGAAGCUGCUUACAACUGUCCCUGGUACAACAGAAGCGUAAAAUUUCGAAAAUAUAUUCAGAUAAUUAUUAUCAGGGCUCAAAAGCCGUGCACGUUAUCGGCAUUAGGAUUUUCUGACGUGACCUUGACCACACUUUCAAAGAUAUUAAGUACGUCGUGGUCCUAUUUGUCACUGCUGAAUCAAAUGUAUGAAGAUAUCGCAUAAAAUUAUAUAUAUAUUUGACACAUUAUAAAACAGUAGACGAGACACUGGACAGAGAAUAUUUUUAAUUU